CGAGCAACGGCCAAUCACAAGCCUGUCCGAUAUCCACCAGUGACUACUUCCUGAUGAAUUGAUGAUUAACAGUACAAAUCGGUUGGUGACUGACAGUCUUUAAAAACCAGCCAAAAACUUCCUCAUCUAUACUGCUUGGGGAAAUUAAUAAAUGGUAUUCACAGCAACCAACUUCAGAUCAGUUCUAACUUCCCCCUACGGAGAGUUGCGAGUCGAAGCUGCGAAACAGACCUUACUGUCGGUGUCGUCAUAUAACCUUGGUCCAAGGCGUCACUGUCUCAAACUUGUCACGCAAAUAAGGAUGGAGCUUACGAGGCUGCUUGUCUUGUUAUGGUCGAUAACCAGUGCGAAAGUGCUGUCGGUCAACAGCACGGUAACCGUCGAGACAACCUCCUCAACAUGCUGUCAUUGCACUCAUGGAGUUCCCGGGGUGCCGGGAAUCCCUGCCGUACCUGCUCCUCGGGGACCGAUGGGACCCAAAGGGGAUCCUGGUACCCCAGGGGAGGCAGGCACGAAGGGGUCGAAGGGAGACAUGGGCUCCGAUGGCUCCCAAGGCGUGCCGGGAGAGCGAGGCGAGUCCGGGGUAGGAGUCGAAGGUCCACCAGGAGAGAGGGGGCUACCAGGACAGCGCGGUUUGAAAGGAGAAAGUGGCACACCAGGGCCUGCUGGACCGAUGGGACCAAAGGGGGAUGCCUGUGCAAGUAUCCCUCAGGUAGCUUUCACCGUAGCGAGAGUUACCAGCUACAGUUCCUCGGGCGGUCACUUGACCUAUGAUCAAAAUGUUUUUAACACAGGGGCGGAUUUUGACCUGCCCACUGGAACUUUCACCUGCAGUGUGCCUGGCAUCUACGUGUUUACGUUUUCUGUCUUGAAAGAACCGGUGGCAGCCGAAGUUUAUGUGCACUUGUUCAAAAACACUGAACGCACCGUCACAGCUUUUGCCCGUAACUCCAUGUACCAUCAAAUCAGCAGCAGUUCUGUGAUGUCGUUGGUAGCCAAUGACCAGGUUUACUUACAAUUGUUUGGUCAGGUUCAUGGCACCACUGCCAAUUUCACCUCGUUCGCCGGGUUUCUGCUGUAUCCAAAUUAGAGAAUGUUGUCUCACAUUGCAUAUUUUACAGAAUAGAAAAACGAAAUGGCAUGUGAUCACAAGUAGCGUGGCCAAGGGGGUGCAUAGUGGCAGAAUGCAAUGGAGUGGAGAAGUUAAGAGGAAACGUUUUUGAGCUCGUAGAAACAAAAUCUUAAUUAAUGCAUAAUGAAGUCGUAUGCUACUGUCGUUAUUGACGAAUUUUGCAACUUAACCAAAACCGAAGAAACUUUUACUUUCGAACAAGCGACCGGAAUCUUUUAAAAUGGCAAAGCAUGCCGGAUGACCACGUAGGCCUACCCCAUGAUUGUGCACGUAAACGACGAUGCAGAUAACAGCGAUGCUAAGCCGUCAAUGCACGUUUAUAACCCAAUUGUGUGAUCGAUUUGGAAGUGUAAGGAAUAGAUUGCAAAUGACACAGAUGUCAUUACUGUAGCCCAAAUUAAAAUACAAGGGAACAUGUUCAGUUUUAUUUGUAAAUCUGAAGAGUUCGCGGCAAGUUUUUACAAAUUUGUAUAGCCAUUAUAUUUGGCAUGAAAUUAAUUUAAUGGUAGUGAUCGAUUAAUUUUGGAAAGACCUUUUCAUUGACCAGAAAAAACUCUUUUCCACUGUAGUUACAUUUUUCCUAAAAGAUGUUUCCCAUUUUUGUGCACAAAAACUAUUUCUGAAACGUAUGUACACGGAUAUAACAACAUGCAGUGAUUACCCAUGCAUAGUCAAAAAUGAACCGUUACUGAAAUCCGAAAAGUCUCAUUAAAACGUAAGUAGGCCUAAUAUAAAAUACAUUUGAAAAAGAUACCAACAUACUACAUGUACUUUCAUGAGAAAUGGCAAUUGAAAUGAGCCUUGAAAUGCUUAAUCCUAUCCCUCUUGUCCUAUCGGGAUCGUUAUGGAAACCAUACAUGCCAAACGAUGACGUUACAGUCCGUCCUCGGGGAGACUUUUUGAUCCAUCAAUUAUACUGCGUAAACAUCAUGCACUCUUCUGAAAGAGGUGUUGCCGGUUUUGGCAUCAACUGAGGAGAAUAUUCUACAAUGGGGGCUGUUUAGGUGCGGAACAAGGGUAUUAUACAGGAAUUGCAUUAUGCAGGGGUGAAUCUAGAAGAGAAAUUUCCGAUUGGAAAACUUGUACUAGGGGCUAAAACCUUUGAAGGUCUUUUUUGUGGAACUUUGUUUGGCCUUUCAGGGGGUGAAGCUAUAUUUAGGGGCAUUUUACACAGUUUGUAAAGAAAGAAAAAUAAAACAGCUUAAUCCUGACAGGCCAAUUGAUACAAAAGCGUUGUCAGAUUUGAGGAUAUAGUGGAACUUUUGUUGUGAAUUUUCUUACUUUCGUGACAAUUAAACUCACAAAGUAAGCACAGAAAUUGAUUUCAACCGAUGACAAAAUAGCAGUACCGGAUGAAUUUGAGUUUUUGUUAAUAAAUCUCCAAUUUACUGGACCACUGUAGGGUAUUUUGAGUGUGAUUUCAUGAGGCUUUUUCAAUUUAACUUUGAAAACAUAUAAAAUGCAAAUGGUUUCAACCAAUGGCAAAUCCGUACUGGAGACUGGUCAUGGGUGAUGACUUAAAUCAAAACAUUGCCAUUACUCAAAAAACUGUUGAUUUAUAAUCAGUCUUGAUUUAAACUUCUUAUUUUGAGAAGUUUUCCUUCAAAUUGAAAAUGCAUCUCUUGAUUGUUGGUUUUUAAAAAUAAAAUAUAAAAAGGAAAGAAAAUGCCAAUGAUCAAACACACAUUGAUCUUAUAUUUAUCAGACACACGACCCACGUCUGGAACGUUGAAAUUGGUUUCCUUGUUUAUUAACAACCAAGUGACAGUUUGAUAAGUUUCAAAUGCCUUUGUUUGUAUUAGAGACUUACUCAGUUUCCACUGGUGAAAACAAAAAACUCGUUUAGUUUAAUUUUUGAGAUAUGUUGUGUCAAGACGUUUUGUAACAACACAGAACCAUGCCUGAGUACGCAGAAUUUUGUUUUGGCCCUAUCUCAAGAACGUUGCGAACGUAACAGAUAUCACCCCCAUAAAAAAUUACAUUAUCGUACUUCAACGUCUUUUGUGGUAAUAUACUUUUACGAUAAUCUGUUUCAGUUUCAAAUCAACCCAAGUUUCAAACAUUAUCAACAACAGGUCAAGAUAUCCCUCCAUGUUUCAAAAGUCGAACGCUUUUAUUGAGGUUGAACUUUGAUAUUUGUAAGGGUAUACUUUAUACCAGGCCUCCUUACUUUAGUUUCAGUUUCGACUCUUCCAAAAACCCUUGAACAAUCUGCAGUGUGUCUACCGAAACCUACAAGCUUUGUUUCCUUAUGGAUAAACUGAUAUUGUAACCCACCGACCAAUGAGCCCAAAUUGAGUUUAAUAUUUUUGUUUCUGUCAAAAGCUCCUGGGAUUGGGCAAGUUAAUUACGAGUUGACAUCGCGAAAAAUGUUGGAUAAGCCUGAUUGAAGAGAUAGCUUAUGGAGUUACAUGUGCAAGGAAAUCGUUAUGCCCUCUUUCUAAUUGUGUCUAUUGUCCUUUUGCUUCAGGAGAAAUUUUGUGAAGAGUAGAAAGUAGCCUAACGAAAUUUGAAAUUCGACAUAAAAUCGAUGACUUUGGACUAAUUACUUGCUGGGGCGAAGUUACUUUUGGGUUGCUUUUUGCGAAGCAACCAUUAUGCUCAGACGCAUCACAUGUUACAGUAGUAUAUCCAAACCACCAUGGGCGUGGUGGUUGAAACCAUUUAUUAAAUUGUUACUUUAUGUGUCAUCCCAUUUACACUAACGUUUGAUUAAUAUUUUGCUUUUAACUUGCUUACGAUCCAAUUGAGGAUCGGACAACUUCGACUUUCUUAGCUAUUUCACUUCGCGUAUUUCUAGAAACAUACAACACUUGAAGGAUAAUUUCCUGUUGUGAAAUGUUGUUGUGUCACAGAGAAUUUUCAACUGGUGAAAACAAGAAUGUCACCGUUGUUCGAUAUUUCUCGUUCACACAAUUUUACAGAAAAUUAAUUGUUAUCAAACAAAAGUUAUGCUAAUUUUUUUGACCAGGAAGAUGGCAAUUUCGUUACGCUUCGUCCACCUUUUAGAUGGUGGAAUAGAUACAGAAAUUUGAUGUUUUUUGUGUACACCACUAGCACUCAAAAACUCUGGAAUAGCCCGUUAUCCUCGUUUUGAAUUUCAAAGGCAGGCAUCUUCAGAACUUUGGCACAUCUGCUGUCUCCCCCACGUUGGCUGAAUAAACUUUGCACCAAUGGUCCUCGCAUUGCUUGGACGUAA